CUCCAAAAGUGUGCAUCUUCAUUGUUUUGUGUAUUCGAUAAUUCGAUUUUGAACUUGCGUUGUGCACUGGACCUGUUUGUAAUUCUAAAAAAACCUUAAAAUUAGUUAUUGUGACAGUGAUUUUGUGUGAACUGUGAAGGGUAAUUUUUGUUUUUCAAAAUGUCUGAUAAGGAAAACAAUGCGACUGCCGAUACAGAACAAAGAACCAACGGUGGAGGUGAUGAGGGUGAUGCGUGGGGAAGUCAUGACUCCUCACAAGUGCGUCGUUACGCCAAAAUGCCUGUAGAUAGAAAUGCUCCUUUUUACAAUAUGAAUCACAAAUACCGUGGAAUGGCCAUAAUAUUUAAUCAUGAACAUUUUGAUGUUCAUAGCUUAAAACCACGAACAGGUACAAAUGUGGACAGCGACAAUCUGUCUAGGGUAUUAAAGAGCAUUGGUUUCCGAGUUACUGUUCUUAAUAAUUUAAAGUCUGAUGAUGUAAAUAAAUAUCUACAACAAACAGCAGAGAUGGAUCACUCAGAUAAUGAUUGCCUGUUAAUAACAGUGUUGACUCAUGGAGAAAUGGGAAUGUUGUAUGCAAAAGACACACAUUAUAAACCAGACAAUCUAUGGUACUACUUCACUGCGGAUAAAUGCCCAACAUUGGCAGGUAAACCUAAAUUAUUUUUCAUUCAAGCUUGCCAGGGAGACAAAUUAGAUGGAGGUAUUACACUCUCUAAUAGAACUGAAACUGAUGGAUCAUCAAGUGCCUCAUACAGAAUUCCUAUUCAUGCUGAUUUUUUGAUUGUAUUCUCAACUGUUCCUGGUUAUUAUUCAUGGAGGAAUACAACCCGUGGUUCAUGGUUUAUGCAAGCAUUAUGUGAAGAACUGCGUUAUUCUGGCACCGAAAGAGACAUUCUUACACUAUUAACAUUUGUUUCUCAGAAAGUUGCAUUAGAUUUUGAGUCUAACACUCCAGAUAUGCAGAUGAUGCAUCAACAGAAGCAAGUUCCGUGUGUCACUAGUAUGCUAACUCGCUUACUAGUAUUUGGAAAGAAAUAACUUUAUUUGAUUAGUUACCAUUUUGUUGUUAAUUAUAUUAGGACAUUUCCAUUUUUAACUAAUUAGAUAAUUAAAAAGAAAGUUUCAUAGAAACACUGUAACCACAAAUUUUCACAUUCCUUUGAGUUUUAAAACUAUUCAUUUCAAAAUCAGUGGUUUUUGUGGUAAUCAGAGUGUUUCACAUGUUGUUUUCUUACAAUUGAUACCAUUUUAGUAAAAUAUAAUUAAUAAUUAUAACAGUCUUAUCAACUGAUACUCAAAAUAAAUAAGGUAUGAUUUUCCUUAGAUAAUAAGAAGAUAAAUGUAAUAUGAUCAUUUGUUACUGAUUAAGUAGAAUUUAUGCUCAAAAAUGCAAGCACAAGCUUUAUUCAUUCUCAACAAUGUACUUAAAUGUUCAUACUCAAAAAUUAAUAUUGGUAAAGUAAACAUAUCAUAUAAUUUUUUUUUUCUCAAUUACUACUCUUUGGUGAGUUAUAUUUUAAUGCUAUUAUGCUUUACUAAAGCAAAAUAUGAAUUUAAUAAUAAUAUAAUGUGUGUGAAUUAAUUCAAUACACUGGUAAGAUUCCAGAUAGUUGUAACUUAGUACACUAUGAUAGCACAAAUCUAGAAGUAUGCUAAGCUUAGUGAAUAAUAAGAAUGCUUUUGUUAAAGAUCAAAGGCAAACUUCUCGCCAAAACAUGUUGAAUGAAAUGUUGUGUGACUACAAUAAUACCUCAACUUACACAAUAGGUAUGACAGACCAGUAAUAACAAAAGUUAGGAUGUCAUUUCUUUAUAUCAAUACAUACAUUCAAAUAAUUUUUGAUUGCAACUGUAAACAAAAGAAAACUAGUAAAUGUUUAGUAAAAUCAUAGAUAUCACAAAUAUUUUGUGUUCUAUUAUUCUGUGUGGAGCUCAAUAGACAAAUCAACAAUAUUUUGAAAAUAGCAUAACCAGUUAGUUGAGGUUAUUACUGUCAAAGUCUUAAUUAAUUAUACUAAGUUUUUCCUGUAUGAUAAAUCCAUUUUUGCUCUGUUAUGUAUUAAAAUAACAUUUGCUUAUUAAUAUUUUAUUUUCAUAUUGUAUGCAUGCAUUUCUCUUUAUAAUAUUAGCAUUUAUAAUAUUAAAAUCUAUACCACUGCCAUGAAUUACUUGCCCCAUUCCUUAUAUACAAUACAUAUGAGAUUUCUUGAUAAGAAAAGUGUAAUUUCACAUGUUUGCAAAUUGUAUAGAACUGACUGAUCUAUAUUGUACUAUCAGAGGUGGAUCAUGCUUAAGGCAAAGUAGGCACGGAAAUUGUAAACAAAAAAAAAUACAUUUAACAAUUAUGCACCUUGCUUACAUAAUAUCAUAGAUCCUUGAAUUCUUUGGUUGUAUAUUAUAUUAUAAAGUGGUAGCAAAACCUACUAAUGUGUUUGUGAUGAAACUUGUUCUUUGUCGCAGUUUACAUGUUUUAUAUUGCAAUAGUUACUGGAUAAAUACCAUUUAAAAUAUAAGGCUGAGGGAACCAAUUAGAUGCUUGCCUACCCAGCAUGUUAUCCACCUCUGUGUACUAUGUUAUUUUAUUGAGGUCCAAAUAUUUGUGAGAAAAUGUAUGAGCCGUUGCAUAAUAGUUGUGCCUUGAGAGAUAUAAGAGUGUUGAUUAAUGAUUUGGAAAUUUAUAGUAAAUGAAUCUCAUACAUUUGGUAUGCUCUGCAACAUCUUUUUUUAAACUAAGUAUUUUUGUAUUUCAUAAGCAAUAAACCCCUUAUUUUGAAA